AUGAAUAAAGGCCAAUCAAAAACUGGUUCCGUAACAUCAUCGUCCUCUCCUGCCGUGGGAGAACGAGUCUUUCUCUUUCUGUGGGCUUUCCUCUCCAAUACCCGAGACUGGAUCAUGGAAUAUGCUCAUGACGUUUUCAACGCAAUCACACAAAACUUUGAUGAGAAAACAUUGAAAGAAAUGAAAGAAAGGAAACGAAGAAAGAAGGCUUAUCUUCAACGACUCAAGCACCAGAUGGGAUACUUUACUCCGGAGAGGAAGCAAACGAAACAAGGUGCAUCUCCUCUCAUUGACCAAUUAGACUCGAUUAGCAAGAUGGAAGAUUUGGAAUCUCAACUCAUGAUGCUCAAGGAACAAAUUGCCAUGGUUGCCAGAGCUGAGAAACAACAACAACCAACCUUACUGCGCUCAUCCAUGAAUUCCGAAUCAUCUUCACGAAGAAUUCAAAAGAAAAACACCAAGUCUAGAGCUGAGAGUGCGGCCUUGAGUUCGAACAUUCCACCACCUCCACCAAUGUCAUCCUCUUUUUUGGGCACAAAAACCAUUUCGUCAUCUUCUAACAACAUUCCACCUCCACCUCCUCUUGCACAAACGACGAGCUCUAAUAUUCCUCCACCACCUUCUCUUGCACAAAUUGCAAUGACUCCUUCUAAAUCUGCUGGUGUUGCCAAGCCAAUAGUGUCAGUAACAGGAGAUUCCAAUAGUCAAAAUGAAGUAGUUUCUGCAUCAUUGACUGCCAAACCAAAGAAUGCACCACAAGGUCCACCACUCAAGCACACCAUGUCCAUUGCUGACUUGAUCAAGAAUAGUGGAAGUAUCAAAUUGAGACCAGUGCAAAAGUCUCCAGGAGGAACUCCAAUGAGAAGGAGCACAUCUAAUAUUCAGGGAGAAUUGUUUGCUGCCAUUAAGAACAAGUUCAGCAGUGUGCAUAAAUUGCAGAAACAAGAUUGUGAGGAUGAGUCAGAUGUGGAAUCUAGCUCAAGCUUUACAUGCUCUCCUGUAAAACAACCAACAACAAAAGCUUUGGUCACGACUACUGCUCCAAUGUCUCCCAUGGUUAAGAGUCAAGCAAAAAUUACUUCAUCCACCAAUACUAAUGAUUUGGAUAAGGAGAAUUUGAGCCCACAAACAAAAUUUGCAAUGGCCAGACGUAAUAUUGCCAAGCUUUUCGAAAAGUAA